AUGGCAUCGACUAGAAAAACAUUUGAGGAUGCACCAUCCGUAAUGGAAUUGUUUGAUUCUGCCCGGAGGCUUCUACUAUUACGACCUAGAGUAGAAAACAGAAAAUUAAGAAAGGAUAACUGGAACGCACAGAAAAGUAAAUUUGAAAAAGAAGAACAAGUCACAAUUAAACAGCAGUCUGUAACAAAAGAUGGGGAUGUUUUGGAUUUACUUUCUCCCCUUUCAGUCGAUGAGGUGAAAAAUAGUCCUCCUUAUCAGAGGGUUGUACAGAAGGUUGAAAGAGCUCCUGCCAUUGUAACACCGUCAAGUAUGAGCGACGGUUCUCCGCCAGGAACGGGAUCUGAAACAAAGCAAACUGUCGACUCAGGAAAUCGUUUAAUAAAAAAGGGUCCAUCCACUACUAUUUCAUUUGUUCAAGCAUCUGACUUCAAAAAUCAAAUUCAGAGGUCAAAUUUGACUACCUCUUUAACCCAACAAAAGAUUGAAAAUUCUGUUGAUAAGGUAAACGAGUGCUACAAUUGUCAUACUCAUAAAACGCCAUUAUGGAGAAAAGAUCCCCGAGGCAAUACACUUUGUAAUGCUUGUGGAUUAUUCUUCAAAUUGCAUGGUACCACCAGACCAUUAAGUCUAAAGACGGAUGUUAUAAAAAAGCGAAAUUCGAGAAGAUCGUCUAGUGUAAAGCAGGCACCUGGCUUGACGUCAAGGGGGUCGGAAACCUCCUUGAAUAGACAUAGCUUUGGCGAGAACAGUAGCUAUCCUUCAGGGAUUCCAAUUAAUAAUUUAAACUCAGCUUAUAAUGGACUGCUAUCGAGUCAUCCGAACACGCCUAGUGGAAGUGCUCCAAGACAGAAAAAUGUUUUGAUCUUACCAAAGCUUUCACUGGCCCCAGGAAUGACGAGUAAUAACCCAUCAACUAACAUGAAGACAAUUUCAAUUCCAAACAGUCCAUGCUCUCCAGUGGUCGGAUCUAAUACCAUUAAUCAACAAUUCAAAAGGAAAAAGUCUGAGGUCAAUAUGCAGAAUAUGGACUACUCAGAAUCAUAUGGCAAAAGAAUACCCAUUUCUGCUACCAAUAUUAAGAGAGGUUCUUCUGCUGCUUCCACAUCCUUUCAAUCAGGAUCUCGCAAGGCAUCUUUCUUAUCCUUUUCGCAGAACAGGAGGAACUCUGCAAUGCUAAGCAAUGGUGCGACUCCACCAGCUAGUAGUUGGUCUCUCACGCCAUCGAAUAUUAACAUGUGGAACCAAAAAUCUGUUCAAAACUCAUAUUUCGAAAGUGCUAAUAAGAAUAACUUUAACAGUGCCAUUAAUAACAUGGUAGGAACGCCUGGAUCAGUACUUUCCCAGUCUUCCUUCACAAGCAGUCAAACAAGUAACAGACAAUCAUUUUCAUCUCCGUCACGAGAGCUUAAUAACUUCACUUCUUAUAAUACCCCUUCAGAAAAUAAUGACAAUCUUUUCAACGAAAAUUUACCUUCCAACGGAAUAAAUAAUGACAUUGAAGCAAAUGACUUCUUCGAAAAGUAUCCCACUACAAAAAACCAAGCACUAGAGACAGUGGGAGGUAAAUACGAAAUUAAACCGAUGACAGCAAAAUCAUCUCUCACGGAUGGUUUGAAAAAGCAAAAUAAUAACGACAUGAAAGAAUUAGAUUGGUUGAAGUUCGAAACUUAA